AUGUCUGAAGCUGUAGUAGAAGGGCUUAAAAAUGUAGCAAAGAUUGCCGAAGCAGCAUCAUCAUUCAUUCCGGUACUUGAUGCUAUAUCAAAACUGAUUAAAGAAAUUGUUGGAAUUUAUGAAAAGUCCGAAUUCAAUAAAAAUAUGUGUUCCAGAUUAGUUGAUCGUGUACUAAUGGCAGAAUAUGAAAUAAAAAGAUUAAAAUUAAUUAAAAAACGAUAUGAAGGAAAAUUUAAAGAACAAGAAUAUUAUGAUUCUCUUCAAAAAUUUAUAACUACAUUGGAAAAGAUUAAAAGAUUUAUUAAAGAAAAGUUUGAAUCUCUAGCUCAAGAGUUUGAUAACUCUAUGAAACAUUUAAACUUUAGUAUGGCAAUUGAUUUUGAAGAACAGCGAAAGUUGGAUACCGACGAAUUAAAAUCAAGUUUAAAUGAAAUAAAAAAGAUCAAUAUCAUGAAGUCUCGGGACACAUUCGUUUUUAAGCCGUUUCAAAUAGAACAAAAAGACUUAACUCCUUGUUCUUUGAGUCCAGAUGAAUUUUCUAGAUUAGGAAAUUCUUCUUAUUUGUGUAAAAGAAUGUAUAAAUUUGAAGAG